GGGAGUUGGUGUCAUUUUGUCUAUUGCAGACUCGCUUGGGUGAAAUUCUAGUUAACCCCGAUUGGUUUGAUUGAAGAUGCGCAUUGGCAAGAAUUCUGUCGCGGAUCGCAUCGCGUUUUUGAACGGAGUCUACGGGUAUCUUAGACUCAUAACAUGAGACUUGGUCAAUCACGAUGUCUAACUUUGCUUCCUUCGCAGCGAGCGCUCCGAGCGAUUCGGAUAAACCAGGAGAAGAGAUUAUUGGAAACAACACUUACCAUCCCGGCAUUGCCGAUGUCGAAUAUGAUGAACUUCACGUACAAUGUCCGCCUCAUACUACGGAGCGUAAGCUCAUCACCAAAAUCGACUGGAAAUUGAUCCCGUUCCUGUGUAUCCUGUAUCUUCUCGCGUUUUUGGACCGGGUCAACAUCGCGAAUGCGAAAUCCUUCCAUCUGGUAGAAGAUCUAAACCUUAGGGAUACUGAAUACAACACCGCCCUAACCAUAUUCUUUGUGCCGUAUAUCGUUGCCGAGAUACCUAGCAACAUCUUGAUGAAGAAGGUCUCGCCCCGCGUUUGGCUCCCGACCUGCAUGCUUGGUUUUGGUAUCGCAUCCGUAUGCCAAGGUCUUGUUCAGAAUUAUUCUGGUCUCCUCGCGACACGAUUCUUCCUAGGUCUGUUCGAAAGUGGAAUGUUCCCAGGAUGUUUUUAUCUCAUCAGCAUGUGGUAUAAACGAAGCGAAUCACAGAAGCGUUACUCUUUAUUCUUCUCGUCUACUUCUUUAGCAGGAGCUUUUGGUGGUCUCUUGGCAUCUGCCAUUGGAAAGAUGCAGGGCAUGCGUGGAUACAACGGCUGGCGUUGGAUUUUCAUACUUGAAGGAGCCCUUACAGUCGUCGUUGCGCUUAUUUUCUUUUUCAUAUUUCCCUCCUUUCCCGAGCAGGCAAAAUGGUUGACCGAAGAGGAGCGGGUGUACAUAAAAGCUCGUCUACAAGCCGACCAGGGCCACAACGCCGCAGAACGAAAGAUUACCUUCCGCGAUGUCGUCAACGUGAUGAAGGACCACCGCAUCUGGCUCGGCGGAUUUAUGUACUUUGGACUCAUCGUUCCGGCCUACAGCUACGCCUUCUUCGCACCAACUAUUAUCUCGACCUAUCACUACGACGCGAUCCAGACACAGCUACAUAGCGUACCUCCUUGGGCAGCAUCGUUUGUCUUCUCUAUUUUGAUGGCAGCUCUCUCGGACAAGUUACGCCACCGCGCCGCAUUUGCGCUUGUACCGCUCUGCCUGUGCAUCGCAGCCUUCGCUACACUGCUCAAAGUCCACAACAACACGCCGGUGCAAUACGCAAUGCUGCACCUUGUUACGAUGGGUACAUAUAGUAUCCUACCCAUCACUGUGUGCUGGUUUAGCAUGAAUCUAGGCGGUCAUCAUCGCAGAGCCAUCGGUACCGGCUGGCAGAUCGGAUUCGGCAAUAUCGGAGGAAUCAUCGCAACCUUCGCGUUCCUCAGCAAAGACUCCCCGAACUUCACGAAGGGCUAUGCGAUAUGUCUCGGGUUUACCUGCAUUAGCGGUAUAGCCUCACUCUUAUAUCUCCUCUCGAUCUACACCGAAAACCAGAGACGAAAGAAGGCUGUCAGGGAUGUCGGUUUGUCGGAGUACGAGAAGACCGAGUUAGGCGAUCUGAACCCUGAGUUUAGAUACAUGUACUAGUGAACGUAUUGUUUAAUUAGAUGUUCUUGAAUAAUUACGAAUGGAGAGAAAAGAUAGAAGAGGUGGAUGGUUAUGAGGAAAAGUUUAGAUGAAACGAGCAGUCAUGAUAUCAACAUCGGUGUUACUC